UUAUCUUUCACGAUCGAUGAUCUUAGACAGCCGAGAACAGAUGAGCGAAUCGCCGUUGGAAGCGAUGCCGGUCGUUGGUAGUCUCCCAGUCAAGAUUCUCGAUGCGCAAUGAAGACAGUCGUUCACACGCAUGAGAGACCAUUGGGAAACUGACGUCGAGGCUGAGCGUGGAGCGCGAAACGGAGCUGAUACGAGUGUAUGGGCCUGGUGUGGCAUUUCGAGGAGGUUGUCGGAAAGGCCAAUGGAAAGGGAGGUCAGGGUACGCGGGGGGACGUCGUGGAACGGGAUGCAACGUAGGUGCAGCAAACGUCUUGGGGGGGUGCAGGCGGUGUGCCAUGAUGAAUGGCACUGCAAGUCGGGUGUUGUACGGGUCUUCCGCCAUGUCCAAGUUGAUCCAGGUCUUCGAGGGAUGGCCCCUGAAACGACGGAGGCGACAGAGUUAGACGCAGAGAUUGUUUAUGCCAUGGUCCGGUCUGCUCGAGACCUUGCCCACCGCUUGAACCCCUUCACAUUCUACAGCAUGAUUUUUGACGUCACGAAGGUCCUAUUCUCAUUCCAUCGAUGGUUUCCUCUUCGGAAUCAUGACCACGGAAGGCCGCGUGCGCCUUCUGCGGAGAGCAUGUACGACUUGCGCUCUGUCUUUAUGCACUCCCUGGCGCCCUCCCGCGACCGUUGAGCUCGGAAGAUCGAAUGCGUCUGAGAGCAUGCGCCGGCUGGGACCGCGUGCUCGAUAUGAAGGAUGGACUAAUUCCAGGCACUGUCCUCGAGACCUGAAAGACGGCCGAGCUUAAAUACGAGGAGUCCGAACAGCCCGACCACCAGGAACGUCUAAGGCCGGACGAGGAGUAUACGACUUCGGGGUGUUCUCGCCUGGCGUAUCCCAUACCAGGUGAGGAACCUGGGGUCGGGUUAUUCGCAGACUUCGGCGGACACAGCCUGGAUUUUCAUCAUCCUCAAGAUCGCUGCGCCUGGGUGCAUAAGCAUACGCGAAAAGAACGUUGUCGAACUGACCCUCUCCUCCAUAACAGAUACACAGUCCCGGAUAUCGCGCUAUACUCGAAAAGGGACGCCUAUCUAAUGAACGACGCGGUCUUUGAUGCUCAAAAGUGGCUUGUUGUUUCGCGUUAUCCCUCUCUUCUCUCUCUGUGCGUUUGGGCGGAACUCCCAUGAGUGACAGACGUCGGAAGGCCCGCGUGCUAGAUUUAAUCGAAGGUAGUACGUUCACCGUGAUAUGACUGAAGAUGAUAUCUGUGU